GACGCGAAGGAGUUAAGCAGGCCGGCGGGUGACAUCACCUCAUUUACAUAGGAGCGCUCUAUAUAGCGGCACGCGCUGCGCCCCACCCGGCACUCCGCGACCGACAGCCACUGAGCCCAUCAAUUCUCUCCUCGUUGCCUCGCGCCGCUUCUUCCGCAACCAUGUCUGACAAACCCGAUAUGGCUGAGAUUGAGAAAUUCGAUAAGUCGAAAUUGAAGAAGACAGAAACGCAAGAGAAAAACCCACUGCCAUCAAAAGAAACGAUUGAACAGGAGAAGCAGGCAGGCGAAUCGUAAUGAGACGAGCACCGCCAGUAUGCACUGUACAUUCCACAAGCAUUGCCUUCUUAUUUUACUUCUUUUAGCUGUUUAACUUUGUAAGAUG